AUGGGCUACGGCGUACUCGAGUCCCGCAGUGGCAUCAAGCAUGUCCCCGGCACCAAUCUCCUCGAUACCCACGACGCCGCCUGGGUCGAGCAGUCGGCAAACUUGAAGAGAGGCACGGGGAAGAAUGCCCAUAUCCUGCUCGUGCCACAGCCCUCCAACAGCCCGAAUGAUCCGCUCAACUGGCCGCUCUGGCAGCGAGAUCUGAUUCUCCUGCUGUACUGCUAUGCCACGCUGUUGUGCAUUGGAGGCAUCGGCCCCAUUCUAUCCUCGGUGGCCCUCAUCUUGAUCCAGGACUUUGGCAUCAGCUUCACCCAGGUCUCGCUGCUCACCGGCUACAGCCUCUGCGCGACUGGCGCCGCCGGUAUCUUCAUCUCCGCGCUGGCUCGCAAGUAUGGUAAACGGCCCUGCCUUCUGUUCUCUGCUACCUGCGCCUUUGCCGGCACCCUCUGGGGUGGUGCCGCCAACUCGUACGGAUCGCUACUUGGAGCCCGCGUCAUCCAGGGUCUCGGUGUGGCCAUGUUCGAAAGCGUCAUGUUCUCCGUCGUGGGCGACCUGUACUACGUCCACGAGCGAGGCUCUCGGAUGGCCAUCUAUGUCACUUCGAACUCGGGCAUUGCCAACCUGCCUGCCAUGCUUGCGGGCAAAAUCACCACCGACCUGGGUUGGCGCUGGAUUUUCUGGCUGCUGGCUAUUUUCCUGGGCAUUGCAUGGCUCGGCGUCGUGGUCUUUGGCUGGGAGACGGCUUAUAACCGCAACGCCAUCUACAACAUCGAUACUUCUUCCCAAGAGGUCUCACAUGCCGAGGGCGACCACACACGGGGUAGCAACACAGAGCAAACGCAGCAGGCCAACCUCGAAAGGACGACCACGGCAUCGACCACUGCCACCCUUGAGCGAGACUCCUUCCUCAAGCGCAUGUUACCCGUGACCGGGACGUUCACCGAGGAGUCGAUCCUGAAAAUGGUCCUCCGGCCGUUCUUCAUCCUUCUGAACCCAGCCGUGGUUUGGUCGGUGGUUCUGUUUGCCAUCCCGACAUUGUGGCUGGUAGGCAUUUCCUUUGUGAUAGCUCAAAUCUUCGGCGCGCCGCCUUAUCUCCUCAGCACCGAGGAACUGGGUUACUUAUCUGCCGGACCCGUGGUGGGAGGCACACUGGGGUGUCUGGUGUCUGGCUGGAUCGCCGACCCGAUCGCCAAAUACAUCAGUCGCCGCAACCAGGGCGUGUACGAGCCAGAGUUCCGCCUGACGCUCGUGAUCCCCGCCACCAUCCUAGCUGCGGUCGGGUACUUUUUGCUGGGUGCCCUCAUUGAGGAAGGCAAGUCUGCCGCCGGUAUGGCCGCUAUCUGGGCCGUUGUUCUGGCCGGCCUCCAGUUCCUGGUCGUCGCCAUCGGCAGCUACAUGGUCGACGCGUAUCGCAACAUGAGCGUCGAGGUCUUUAUCAUUUCCAUGGUGGUCAAGAACUUUUUGUUCUUUGGUUUCUCUUUCUUCCUGAACGACUGGGUCGCCCGCUGGGGUCCGAGAAAGUUCUUCUACGUCCUCGGCGGCAUCCAGCUCGCCUUGUGCCUGACCACCAUCCCAAUGUACAUCUUCGGGAAACGGCUGAGGGCGUGGUGGCACACUCACGACGUAUUGAGCAAGAUCUAA